AUGUACGAGCGGGAAGCUGUGGUGCCAGCGGAAUUCAUGGUGCCAAGCCUUCGCAUUGCAGUGGAAAACAGGCUCGGGGAUAUGGAGAGCCUGAGGGAGAGAUUGUAUGCCUUAAGCAAGCUGGACGAAAAAAGAAUGAUGGCACAAUGGGCCACAGAGGCAGCCCAGCAAAGACGAAAGGUUUGGCACAACAAGCAUCUUCGACGAAUGAAGUUUACUCCGUGGCAAUUAGUGUUAAAAUUCAAUGGGAGGAACGAAAUCAAACCCAGAAAAUUUAAAGUACGAUGGCUAGGCCCCUUCAAGGUAUGCGAGGUCAAUGCCAAUAGGGCGAUUAAGUUAUGGACGCUCGACGGGAAGGAGAUACCAGAUGUUGUCAAUGGGUCAAAAUUAAAACAGUACCACGAACAGAGACGGACGACCGAUCUCGAACCCUCCAGCAGAAAUAAUGAUUAA